AUGUUCACUUAUUUCAACGCACACCGUCGCGCCUGUCGUGAGAAGCAGCAAGAGCGCAAAGAUAGUAUCGCCGCGUUACCCGCUGAAUACCGCGCUCCGCUGACCGCACAGGAUGUCGACAUCCUCCGCCAACCCGCCUCCGCCAUCGUCUCGCGCGUUCAAUCUGGAGCCCUUUCGCCCAAGGAGGUCCUCGUAGCCUAUGGCAAGAAAGCCCUACUCGCGCACGCCGAUACCAACUGCCUCACCGAGAUUAUCAUCCCCAAAGCCGAAUCGUGGGCUUUAGAGCCCAAGACGAAGCAGGGACCGCUGGCCGGCAUGCCCAUCAGCCUCAAAGACAGUGUCGGCGUCGCCGGAUUCGAUGCAUGUAUCGGGUACUCGAAGUGGGUUCAUAAGCCUUUUUCCAAAGACGCACCCGUCGUCGCCCUCCUUCGCGAUGCGGGUGCCCUCCCAUUCGUCAAGACCAACGUCCCCAUCACGCUACUCUCCUUCGAGUCGAACUCAGACGUCUUCGGCCGCACGACGAACCCGCACUCAAAAGGGUUCUCCCCUGGAGGCUCUUCGGGCGGGGAGGGCGCGCUUCUCGCUCUUGGUGGCUCACGCCUUGGGCUCGGCACGGACGUCGCGGGGUCCGUACGCGUGCCGGCACACUACAGUGGGGUUUACACGAUCAAGGCGUCCUCGGGACGAUUCCCUAAGGUGGGCAACGCGUCGGGAAUGGUGGGCCAGGAGGGCAUCCCUGCCGUAUACUCGCCCAUGACGCGAACGCUAGAAGACCUCGAGACAUUUUGGAAGGCUGUCGUGAGCAUGAAACCUUGGGAAUAUGAUCCAUCUUGUAUUCCUAUUCCUUGGAGGGAAAUCGACUUGCCUGGAAAGAAAACGUUGAAAUGGGGCGUAAUAUGGGAUGAUGGAAUCGUGAUGCCCUCUCCGGCAUGUAAGCGCGCCCUGCAGGAAGUCGUAUCCGCGCUAGAGGCCGACGGUCACGAAGUCGUCGACAUUAACCCCCCGAGCCCUCUAAAAGCACUCAAGAUCGGCUCUCAGCUUCUAGCUAACGCUUCCAACGAUCCGGGCGUGGCGCUUGGCACCCGCGCCCUCCGCGUUCCCUUCGCACGCUCCCUCGCGCGCCUCCACGCGCUCUCCUACCGUAUUCCCCUCCUCCGCUUCCACCCCUUCCAGCCCGUCGAUCCACUCUAUGCUUCCCUCGUCGAGGGAUGGCACGUUCAUUCCGGCCAGGAGCACUACGCAGCCGUUGGUGCGCGCGACGCGUACCGGCAGGAGUGGUUCGACUUCUGGAAGGCGCAGGACCUGGACUUCGUGCUGACAGUGCCGAACGCCUUGCCGGCCAUGCGGCACGGCGGGAAUAAGGAGGGGUGGAAGGCAUGCGGCUAUACGUUCUUGUUCAACGUCCUGGACUACGCUGCCGGCGUGCUUCCUAUUACGCACGUCGACCGGGCGCUCGACGCCAUCGCCUCCACCAGUAAGCUCUCUUCGUACCGCAACGCCGUUGAGGCAGGCGUCUACCGCGGCCCGCGUGCGUACGAUGCGGACGCGAUGCAUGGGCUGCCCGUGGGCGUGCAGAUCGUUGGGAAGCGACUGGAAGAGGAAAAGGUACUCGCGGGGAUGCAGAUCAUCGAGGGCCUGUUGAAAAAAGCAGGAAAGGGGUACGAGGGGCUGUCAGUGAACGUGGACGUGUGA